AUGGCCGCAAUCGCCCCCUCGCCGUCAUCUACGCAUCUGAAGCCACAAGUUCGGCUAGGAUCAUCAUCGUCAUGCUCGGCCGAGUAUGGUUUCACCAUUUCACCCAAGAACCUACAGAAGAAGAAACACAAGCUCGAAAAUGGAACCCCCCUGAAUGGAUGGAACGGCAAAGAGAAGAAGAAGCUACAAGAGGCCAUCGACAGCGUGCUCGAGGAAAAGAGAAAGAAGCAGCUGGGCAAGAUCAAACGAAGAACGCAUCGGCUGGAGGAGCUCUUCAACCGGCGCUCGGACGAUGAUAUCGAGGAGGACAGCUGGACAGCCAUCGCCUACGGGACAACGGCCACGACGGUCUCGACCUCGCUCACGCGCACCAUGAUGUUCGACCUCUCCACAGAGGGCACACGGCCCGUCGGCGGCAGCCUGCGAAGCGCGAGAGACACACCAGCCACGGCCGUAGCCGAGCCGCUGGUCUCCUCGCUGUCGGGUCCGCCGUCGCUCGGCAGCAAGGAGGUCCGCGCGCCUCGGCCCGUGCGCAAAGCCAAGUCGGCCAACGGGCGGCGACGCGCCCACUCCAAGUCGCCCUCGCGCUCGUGCAGCAUAUUCGACCCCCGCUUCUGGUCCUCCCCCGCCUCUGCCACCGCCGCCGCUGUGCCCAGCGACGUGGCCGUCACCGGCAACAGCAUCAACUGGCCUCCCGCUCCGGCGCAUAGCCGCAGCAAGUCGUCCAAGCAUGGCAAGUCCGAGCUCAACAACCUGUGGGUGUCCUCCGAGGACACCUUCUCCACUGCCCCGUCAACGCGCGCGGUUCGAUGCUCUACGGUGUCGUCGACCGAGUUUAAGCAUAUCAUCAAGGAGGGCAGCCCCAAGGACGCCAAGCCCCUCAAGAAGCGGCCGUCGUGGGAAAAGUUCUUUCCCAUGCAGAAAUCAAAGGUGGUGAAGGGCAAGUCGCCACGAGAGGGAGAGUCGCGGCGCGUGGGCAGUGCCAUCUUCACCUCGGGCAAGGACAGCUUCCUCCGCGGCGGCUCUGGCGGCGCCCCACCGGCCGCCCCGGCACCAGCCCCGGGCCACUCCGGGCUGCCGGGCGGUGUAUCGCCGCGGCUCGAGGAGCGGUGCAUCGUGCUGGACAGAUGGCUCAAGGGCCGGCCCACCUGGAAGGAGGUGUUUGAGCGCGGCCUGUUCAACACCAAGGCCAAGCUCAAGGGCAAGGGCAACAGCCCCAUCAACCUCUCCACCAACGCAGCGGUCCCCGCUUCCGGCGGCGGCGACCUGUCGAGCAGCGGCGAGCGGGACAAGGAGCGCGAACGGAUCGUUCACCACCACAACCAACACCACCACCAGAAGCGGCCCGGCGAGCGCGAGCAGGUGGUGGCGGCCCAGCGAAGUGUGAGCCUGCGAGAGCUGUUUGCGCGACUCGAGAAGGAACUGAACGCCGACGCGCCGAGCGACCUCAAGGAGCGGAUGCGGUCGUCGACGGACGCGCUGGAGCGGCUGCUGCAGGAGCGGCCGAGCUGGGUCGAACUCAUGGAGCGCGGCAUCGGCAAGGACGAGAAGAAGGAUCAACGGAAGAAGGAGAAGUGCAAGCGCACUCUGCGCUAUCUCCUCCGUAAGCGGAAGGAGAAGGAGGUGCAGACCCAGAAGGGCGCUGGCCUGGUGGACACCUAUUUUGAAAUCGGGCGGCCGUUGUCCAAUGACCCCGGCGCGUUGUCUGCUGUGGGCGGCCCCCAGCCUGACGCGUACCCGGCGGCGAAGCACGCGGGCGACGCGAGUGGGCACGACGGAGCUCCGUUCCACGAGGUCAACUUCUUCCACCUCGACUUUGUGGGUCCGAUCGGCGGCGGGUGCUACGGCAACGUGUACGAGGCCUUCAUGAAGGGCGAGACCCAGAAGGUGGCGGUCAAAAUUCUCAAGAAGGACCUCUUCCAGCCCGAGAAGGCCUACAAGCGCGAGGUCGAGGCCCUCAAACGCACCAUCAAGUCUCCCUACACCGUCAACCUUCGCGGUUACUGCACGGACCCCUAUUUCUGUAUUGUGACGGAGCUGUGCGAGGGCGGCAGCCUCGACAACGUCCUGCGAAAGGCGCAGAGCAAGCUCACGCUCGACCAGGCCGUGCGAGUGGGCCGCGAGGUCGCCGAGGGGAUGAAGUACCUCCACGCGCUCAAGCCGCCCAUCAUGCAUCGCGACCUCUCUCUCGGUAAUAUAUUCCUACAUCCGUCGGUGGAGGGCCGGGUAUGCAUCGGCGACUUUGGCGUGGCCGUGGACAAGCCCAAACGGGGCUCGGUGCGCUUCUCCAAAAACGGGAACCCGCGUUACAGGGCACCAGAGGUGUCGAACGGGGAACCCUACAGCCGGAAGGCGGACGUGUACAGCUUUGGGAACCUGCUCUUCGAACUGUUGACCAACCAAAAGCCCUUCGCCGAGGUGGAGGACAACAAGGUGGCCGAGCUCAUCGCCAAGGGCUGCACUCCUCGAUUCCCCGACAGCUGCGCCGUGCCCGAACGACUACGAAGAGCGGCCAUCGUUCAAAAAGGUGGCGGCCUUCCUGGAGGACCUCAGCGAUGA